CAGCGGCCUACUUGCUUCUUUAAGCACAGUCAGUCCCUUUGAUUCUCUCUCUCUAAGAAAUGGGUGUCUCUGAAAUCCUUCUCAGCUUUUCCCUUCUUCUCUUCCUUCUCUCUCUUUUUCUCUCUCCUUACUCUACUCUCUGUUUAGGUUAUGGACCUCUAAUUUCUCUCUCUAAGUUUAGACUGUUAAGACAACUUCUUUCCCCCCAAAUCUUUCUAUCGCUAGAUGACUUUGGAGCAAAAGGGGAUGCCAUUACAGAUGAUACACAGGCUUUUGAAGAAGCCUGGGAAGGGGCCUGUUUAUUUUCUCCCUCAGUCCUUGAAAUCGCAGCUGGGAAAGUUUAUAUGGUUCGUCCCAUUGAGUUGGGUGGCCCCUGUCGAUCGAAGGUUACUCUCUUGGUUUUAGGGACCAUCGUGGCUCCCAAAGAUCCUGAUGCCUGGGAAGGGUUAAAUCCAAGAAAAUGGCUCUAUUUCCAUGGGCUUGAAGAUUUCAUCAUAGAAGGAGGGGGGACGAUAGAUGGAAUGGGAGGGGAGUGGUGGGCUAGAUCUUGCAAGACUAAUAUGUCAAAUCCAUGUCAUCCAGCUCCUACGGCUAUAACUUUUCACAGAUGCAAUAACCUGAUUGUGCGAAUGCUCAAAAUUGUUAAUAGUCAGCAGAUGCAUGUGGCAUUCACUAAUUGUGUUCAUGUCAAAGUGGACAACUUGCAAGUUGUUGCACCUACUGAAAGCCCUAAUACUGACGGCAUCCACAUAAGUGCAUCUCAACAGGUUCUGGUAAGGAACAGCAUGAUUGGAACAGGAGAUGAUUGCAUAUCUAUUGUUAGUCAUUCUUCUCAAGUACUUAUUAAAAACAUUACUUGCGGACCAGGUCAUGGUAUAAGCAUUGGAAGCUUGGGAAAAAACAAUUCAUGGGGUCAGGUGAACAAAGUCUUGGUUGAUGGAGCCUUCCUUAAAAACACUGAGAAUGGUCUUAGAAUCAAAACUUGGCAGGGAGGUUCUGGCUUCGCUGAAGGGAUUGCCUUCCACAAUGUAGUUAUGGAGAAUGUAUCAAACCCAAUAAUUAUUGAUCAGUACUACUGUGACUCUUUGGAACCGUGUCCAAACCAGACAUCAUCUGUUAAAGUGAAGGCAAUUACUUUUAUAAACAUUCGAGGAACAUCAGCAACAGGGGAAGCUAUGAGGUUUGCUUGCAGUGAAACCUUUCCCUGUGAGGACAUAUAUUUAGAGAAUAUUGAGUUAUUAUCGGCAUUGGGAGGAACUUCAGAAGCAUUUUGUUGGGAAGCGUUGGGCUCAAGCUUUGGCCCUGUAUAUCCCCCUCCUUGCUUUUGGAAUUGUGGAAAGCUCAUUGGGCAUCUCCCAAGCAACAAUGUAUCUUCUAUGUAAGAACAUAUAGGUUAUAAUUAUUCAAUUAUUUGAUUCACACAUACACAAA